UAAUCGCGAGGUUUCGAUUUUCAGUUUCGAAGGAAGGCACCCCGCGUUAAACUGCGGUUGAUUUUCCCAACUCUUUCGAAAAUUUCAGAGCUAAACGUCAAUUCUGUAUUAAUUUAAAAACGGGAUUAAAAGUGCUUCCGUCCGAAACUCAGAGCCAAAUUGGAAUAGGGGUCGUUAAGUUACAUUGAAACAAGGAACUGUAUUUGGAUGGACCCCUCUCUGUGGACGCGAAGGCGUUAUCAGUAUUACUCAUUGUAACGUUUCCUUCGAUUUUUCUGUGCUGUUAAAUUUUUUUCACAAUGCUGGAACAAGUGAAUUCUGACUUUAUGGAAGCCAGGAUCGAGGAUCCUGAAAAGGAACGAGUGAUGCGUUCUCGGAUUCAAAAAAAAACUGACGGCGCUGGCUAUAUUCUGAAUCAAAAUCGCUAUCGCAGUCCAGUCUACGAAGAAGCAUUCAAAAAGUCUAUAGAAAACCCAGAAGAAUUUUGGGGCGAAAUCGGAAAGUGUAUAGAGUGGAGCAAACCAUGGGAUAAAGUCUUGGAUAAUAGCAACGAGCCCUUCACUAAAUGGUAUGUUGGGGGUGAAACAAACGCCUGCCAUAAUGCAUUGGAUCGUCACGUGAAAGCAGGACUUGGUGAAAAAACUGCUUUAAUUCAUGAUAGUCCACUGACGUCCUCGAUUCGCAAAGUUACUUACAAUGAACUUUUAGAAAAAACGUCACUUUUGGCGGGCGCACUUUCUGAGAUGGGAGUAAGAAAGGGAGACUGUGUACUCAUUUAUAUGCCCCUUAUUCCAGAAACAGUGAUUGCUAUUCUUGCUACUGCGAGACUUGGUGCCAUUCAUUCUGUUGUCUUUGGCGGUUUUGCUGCUAAAGAAUUGGCAACACGAAUAGAUCAUGCUGUACCCAAAGUUAUAAUUGCUGCUAGUUGUGGUCUAGAGCCAACCAAAGUUAUCAAAUACACAGAUAUGUUAAACGAGGCUCUGGAAAUUAUUGCAUCCCCAAGGCCUAAAUGCAUAGUUUAUCAAAGAAGACACGUAUGGGAGGCACCGCUUUUUGAAAAUCAAUUCGACUGGGACGAAUUAGUGAGGAGAGCCAAACCACAUCCAUGUGUCCCAGUCGAAGCUAAUCAACCUUUAUACAUUCUCUACACCUCCGGAACAACAGAUCAGCCAAAAGGAAUUCAAAGACCACUGGGUGGUCAUAUAGCUACUCUAUGUUGGACUAUGAAUGCAAUUUAUGGAAUGGAUAAAGAUUCAACCUGGUGGGGUGCAUCAGAUAUGGGGUGGGUAGUGGGGCAUUCCUACAUUUGUUAUGGUCCACUUUUAUAUGGCAUCACCAGCGUGAUGUAUGAAGGAAAACCGGACAGGACACCGGAUGCUGGUCAAUACUUCAGGAUUAUAGAUCAACACAAAGUAAAUGCCCUAUUCACUGUUCCAACAGCAUUUAGAAUUAUCCGCCGCGCUGAUCCAGAGAUAUUGUUUGGCAGAAGAUACUCAACAAAGUCACUAAAAGCGAUAUUCGUAGCGGGAGAACAUUGUGAUUAUGAAACAAAAGCCUGGGCUGAGAAAACUUUUAAAGUACCAAUUCUUAAUCAUUGGUGGCAAACUGAAACUGGUCACGCUGUUACAGCAACUUGUUUAGGAUUGGGUCAUACAACGAACCCUCCUAAGUACAGUACAGGAAUGCCUUUCCCAGGGUUCAAUGUUCAAGUUUUACGAGAGGAUGGAAGCAAAGCUGAGGCGCACGAACUUGGUAGAAUCGUCAUAAAACAACCUUUACCACCAGGUGUCAUGUCGACACUUCACCUAGCACCUGAGAGGUUUAAGGACGUUUACUUCUCAAAAUACCCGGGUUACUAUGACACUAUGGAUGCGGGAUACAUUGACGAAUUUGGCUACGUCUACGUAACAGCUCGAGACGAUGACGUUAUCAACGUUGCCGGACAUCGACUCUCAACUUCUGCCUUAGAAGAUGUCAUCCUUCGUCAUAGUGACGUCGUCGAUGCGGCAGUUGUCGGUGUCCCGGAGCAUACUAAAGGAGAAAUUCCCCUGUGCUUAUACGUAAUGAGAAACGAUUCCAAUAAAAACGAGGAAGAAAUCAAUCAAGACCUGAUUGCGAAUGUUAGACAACUUAUAGGACCUAUUGCAGCUUUUAAAAUCGCAGCUGCCGUAAAAGCUUUACCUAGAACGCGAUCCGGAAAAACCUGUCGAAAAUCUAUUUCCAAUCUGGCGCGUUCGAAAGUUGUCAAGAUACCAAGCACUAUUGAAGAUCCGAAAGUUUAUCGAGAGAUAAAGGGGGUACUCCAGAAACUCGGCUACGCCAUAAAAGCACCUGAUCCCCAAUGAACUCAACUUUCUAAUGGGUCCUAGAUCCUUGGGAUCAUUUAUAAUAAAGAUCACAGCAACUUCUAGGAUUUUAAAGUCCCGUUCAACUUUUAUCAUGGAAUUAACAAGUGAUUCGAUAGUCAUCUCGCAAUAUGGAAUUAAUUUGUUUCAUGAAAAUCGAUAAGUCAUCGCAGAAACGUUUAGUCAUAGUGUUAGAAUCACUUAAGGUGAAUCCAACUAGUCUUUUACAUCCGGGGGAUGUUAAUAUUCUGUGAAUGCACAAAGAAUUAUUUCCUGUGACUAUUUCAGACAGUUAUACAAAAAAUAGUUAAAAAUUGUCUGGAAGAGCCGCAGAAAAAAAUUCUUCGCGAAUCUUCAGAACGAUUAGUCAUAUAAAUAGUCAGGCUGGUUCUGUAGCGCUGUAAAAAAUGUUAAAUCUCGUAGGAAAGUAAGGUAAUAGGGGAAGUUUGAUAUAAGCUACUGAACAGUUUACAUUGAUUUUAUGAAUACUAAAGAAUGCAAACUCGAGAGUAGAGCGAUAAAUGGAUUAAUCUUAUAUUCAUUUAAGACCAUGAAAAUAAUGUUAUCUGGAUUAUUUAUUGAGUCCAAAUAGUCCACGCAGAUAAACUGACUGAAUGUAGACAAUAUUUCUCCAGCAGUAAUAUGUACAGUUGUCAGAAAGAAUAAACCUUUGUUGAUUAUACACAAAUUGGUUUAGAAUAAAAAA